CGGGGGACUUAAUUCUAAUAAUGAGUAAAAUCCAUCCUGAAGAGGGAAAAGGAAAACAAAACUGAAAAUAAAAUAAAACAGAAGGGCAGGCAGAGACGAAAAAAUUUCCCGCUGUAAAUUUUGUUACUUUCUUGCCAUCUUUUAACGUGGAGUAGGGCUAUGGAAUGGAAUCCAAAGCAAACAACAGAAGAGAUUGGCGUGCAUGCUAUUCUUGGUCCCCUUGAUCUGUUGGUAGAUGCUUGCUUCUAGUACCUUUGCUAGGUUUAUGGUACUUCAUAAUGACAGAACCAAGCUCAAUUGAUGUGAUUUUGGACUUUCUGACGAGAAAUCACUUUACAAGAGCAGAGGCAGCUUUGCGGAGUGAACUUAAUAACCAUCCUGAUUUGAAUGGUUUCCUUCAGAAACUUACCCUUGAAGAAAACGACUCGGGAAAGGUACUAGAAGAAGAAACUGGGAAAAAAAUAGUGACCGGAAGUAGUGGAUCAGGUUCUCAAAACAGUGGAGAGGUUUCCAAGGAACUUAUAGUGAAAGAGAUAGAAUGUGGGGCUAGCAGAAAUGGGUCUGAAAGGAAAUGGAGAAAUGCUACUUCUACUGGGGAAUGUAAUAAACCUGAUGAAGCAAAUGCUACAAGCGGUAAGAGUUUCACCUUCUCUAAAAGUUCGGAGGAUACCUUACUCGAUUUGCAGUCCUGGAACUGCAGAACUAGCAAUGGUCCUCGUAUGAACAAAAAUGACGGUUUUGUUAGUAGCACUAGCUUUUCAGAGCUAGAGAAACCAGAUCAGUCAAGAUAUCGUACGGCCAAAGCUCCUGACACUGAUAAAGGCAAUGUUAAACAUGGGGAAGGGAUUGCCUUUCCUGGUGAAAUGAAAUCUUCAUGGCUUGGAAAUACUAGCAAAGCUAAUGCCAGUUCCAAGUAUGACCAGUUUGAAACUAGUGAUACUAAGGACCUUGUUCAGGAAUCUAAGACUUGCAGCGCGUACUUGAAGGAAAACUUUCCUGAUAAUAGCAGAUGGUCUAGAACUGACAAACCCACUAGUUCAUCUUCAGAGAUAUGGAAGGAUUGUUCUGUGAAGAUUCCAUUCCCUAAGGUGGAUGUAUCAAUCAGUUAUGAUGCUGCUAGUGCUUCAGAUACGAGACAAGGAAACAUAAAAGCAGAUGUGCUUGAUACUAGAACAGCAGUUAAAGAUCAGGUGGAUGAGGUUGGAAGGUUUCUAUUUGUUGGGAAUUUUCAAGAGCAAACAGGUACGAAUGGAUUGGCGAUUGUUCUUGCAUCUAAUAAUCCAAAGGGAGAGUUACAUAGGCUGCCACCAGUUAAACUCAAGUCGGAGGAGAAGGCAUUGAAUGUUAAUUGGGAGCUUAAUGGCUCAGGUGCGAAGGUCACUAGUGCGGACAAUACAUUCCUUAUAGGCUCCUAUGUAGAUGUCCCUGUUGGGCAAGAACUAAACUCUUCAGUUUAUGAUGAUCCAGGUAAAAUGCAUGCUGGAAGUAAUUGGCUUUCUAUAAGUCAGGGCAUUGCUGAAGAUGCAUCUGAUCUGGUUUCUGGUUUUGCUACUGUUGGUGAUGGAUUAAGUGAAUCUGUUGAUUUCCCUAAUGAAUAUUGGGACUCUGAUGAAUAUGAUGAUGAUGAUGAUGAUAUUGGAUACAUGAGACAACCUAUUGAGGAUGAAGCCUGGUUUCUGGCUCAUGAAAUUGAUUAUCCUAGUGACAACGAAAAGGGAACUGGGCAUGGGAGUGUUCCAGAUCUGCAAGAAAGAGGUCAAACCAAGGGUGAGGAUGAUCAAUCAUUUUUAGAGGAGGAUUCUUGCUUCUCAGUUGAACAAUAUUGCCAGGCAAAGAAUGUUGAACCUGUUGCAGCUCCAGAUGAUCCCGUAGAACUGUCUGUAACUGAAAUAUAUGGCAGAACUCAUGAGAAUAAUUUAAUUGCUCAAUAUGGGCAACUGAUGGAUGAAGAGGAGCUCAAUUUGAUGCGUCCUGAACCUGUUUGGCAGGGGUUUGUAACACACAGAAAUGAACUUAUCAUGCUAGGAGAUAGAAACGUUCUCAAUGAGUGUGGCAGGUCUCGGCUUGAUGACAUUUCUAUUGAUAAUAAUCAGCAUUGUUCAGUUAGGUCUAUUGGUGUGGGAAUCAACAGUGAUGUUGCUGAAUUUGGAAAUGAAGUACAUGAAAGUUUAGUUGGAGGUAGUAGUGCAGGGGAUUUAGAAUAUUGUCAUGAUCGUGAUGUUGCCCUUGGAGGGUACAGACAAAGUCAUCAUGAGACAGAUGGGAACUACAUUGAUAAAUUGGUUAGGGAUAAUAGGAUAACUGGAAAAAUUGAUUCUAGUAAAUAUGUUACUGGGAAUGAUAAAGUUCCAAGCCCAAAGAUGAAGAAGAAUCUUGCAGAUCAGGGGUUUUCUUUUCCUCCGUCACUAAGGGAUGGGCAGUUGGUGCAGGCAGGCUCUAGUAAGUCUCUAUGGUCAAGUAACUGCUAUGCUGUUGGUGAUGAACAUGAUGACUGUUUGAGUGCUUUGUUGGGGUCUGAUGAUAUGCUUGCUACAUGGAGACGGAAAAGCAGUGAUUCUUCUACUGGAAAAAGUUCCGGGGAUGAAAAUAAAGCCUAUGCUGUAAGAUCAGCAAAUUCUAGUCCUUCAACCCUCCCUGAUUAUGGUUAUGGUGGACGAGAGCCGACCAAGAAAGAAGAGGAUGAGAAAAUUAGUGGUGUUAGGGAAGAGGAUCCUGGGGCAUCACUUGAGGAUGAAGAGGUUGAUGUUGUACAAGAUCAAGUAAGACAAAUUAAAAAACAAGAGGAGGAAUUUGAAACCUUCAACCUCAAGAUUGUGCAUAGGAAAAACAGGACUGGAUUUGAGGAGGACAAGAAUUUCCAUGUUGUUUUGAAUUCUGUUAUAGCUGGGCGCUAUCAUGUUGCUGAGUAUCUUGGUUCAGCUGCUUUUAGUAAAGCUAUACAAGCACAUGACCUGCAUGCAGGCAUGGAUGUCUGUGUGAAAAUCAUAAAGAACAACAAGGAUUUUUUUGAUCAAAGCCUUGAUGAGAUUAAGCUUCUCAAGUAUGUUAAUAAACAUGAUCCAGCAGAUAAGCAUCACAUUCUUCGAUUGUAUGAUUACUUCUACUACCGAGAGCAUUUGCUAAUAGUCUGUGAACUUCUCAAGGCAAACUUAUAUGAGUUUCAUAAAUUUAAUAGGGAAUCUGGUGGAGAGGUUUACUUCACAAUGCCAAGAUUGCAGUCGAUUACUAUUCAAUGUUUGGAGGCUCUCCAGUUUUUGCAUGGCCUGGGCCUAAUACAUUGUGAUCUGAAGCCAGAAAACAUAUUAGUGAAAAGCUAUAGUAGGUGUGAGGUGAAGGUCAUUGAUCUCGGGAGCAGUUGUUUUGAGACAGAUCAGUUGUGCUCCUAUGUUCAAUCCAGGUCCUAUCGUGCACCAGAAGUUAUCCUAAGACUUCCAUAUGACAAGAAGAUAGAUGUUUGGUCACUUGGCUGCAUCUUGGCUGAACUCUGUACUGGCAAUGUCCUCUUCCAAAAUGAUUCACCUGCGACAUUUCUUGCAAGGGUAAUUGGAAUCAUUGGUCCCAUUGAACAAGGCAUGCUUGCCAAAGGACGGGAUACAUACAAAUAUUUUACUAAGAAUCACAUGCUUUAUGAACGUAAUCAGGAGACCAACAGAUUAGAAUACCUGAUACCCAAGAAGACAUCCUUGAGGCACCGGAUGCCAAUGGAGGACCAGGGUUUCGUUGAUUUUGUUGCUCAUUUGCUUGAAGUAAACCCAAAGAAGCGCCCUACUGCCACUGAGGCUCUGAAGCACCCGUGGUUAUCAUACCCUUACGAACCCAUAUCAGCUUGAAUGUUAGGAUGAGACUCACGGCAAUUACUUGUCUCAUUUUCAGCUCUCUUAUUGACAUGGAAAGGAGGUGAGUGAGUUGUAAUACCUGAAUGGGAUUUGAAGUGAUAUCCAAGGAGUUUCUCCCACUGCCAAUUAUGAAGGAUGUGGUUUUUGUAACAGUGUGGCGUUAGAGUUUACUUCAUCACUUGAUAUGAUUUUGUGGAUGAGGAAUAAUUCUGAUCUAAUCUAACAUAAUAUUGUUGUAAAUGAAAUGUGAUAAAUUCUUUUUAGGUUAUGUUGUAGCAUUAGCUUUCUGACAUAGAUGGUAACAAAAUUUUGGCGGCCUGAGUUUAUAUUUGAUUGAAA